AGGCAGCCUGGGAGGUCACUGUCACACUGGGGCUCUCCUAAAGCAAAGCCGGUGAGAGGAAUGGAGCCCUGGUGCCCCAGAUAAAGGCAGGGCUGCGACAGAUCAGCUGAGGAGGGACAGCUGCACAGGGCCCGUCAGGGGCAGUCCCGGCCAACAAAGAAAAAGAGACUGGCCCUUCCCUCCCCGCCCAGGGGCCCAAGUAGACCCAAGGAGUUGGGUUCAGGAGGUGACAGAGCCUGGGAUAAACACCAGAAGACACUCUCUGCACCUUUUGGUUUCCUUCCUCUUGCCCAGACCCGCAAUGAAUCCACUACAGGAAGACAUAUUCUGCCGUCAGUUUGGCAACCAGCACCGGGUCCCAAAGCCCUACUACCGGAGGAAAACCUACUUGUGCUACCAGCUGAAGCUGCCCGAAGGCACCCUAAUUGACAAAGACUGCCUUCGAAACAAGAAAAAGCGCCAUGCAGAAAUGUGCUUUAUUGACAAGAUCAAGUCACUGACGCGGGACACAUCCCAGAGAUUCGAAAUCAUCUGCUAUAUCACAUGGAGCCCCUGCCCCUUCUGUGCCAAGGAACUGGUUGCGUUUGUCAAAGACAACCCCCACCUCAGCCUGCGGAUCUUUGCCUCCCGCCUGUACGUCCACUGGCGCUGGAAGUAUCAGCAGGGGCUGAGACACCUGCAUGCAUCCGGGAUCCCAGUGGCUGUCAUGAGCCUCCCAGAGUUUGAGGACUGCUGGAGGAAUUUUGUGGACCACAAGGACAGGUCGUUCCAGCCCUGGCACAACCUGGACCAAUACAGUAAAAGCAUAAAACGUAGGCUCGGGAAGAUCCUGAUGCCCCUGAAUGAUUUAAGGAAUGACUUCAGAAAUUUGAAACUUGAAUGACCAUCAACCCUCCCCCCGCCACCCACCCUGUUCCUGCAGCAUCUCAAUGCUUCAUAAACUGCUGACUCUUAGGAGCAAGUUGUGAGCUCCACGUGCACACCAGACCCUCCUCCCCGAGUCCAGGAAACCUUUCUUUUCCCCUUCAUUCUUCUGUUUUCUUGUAUAAGUGGGUAUAUAUUUUUGUAAUUGAAAAAAUAAAGAUGAUUUUCAAGUCUGUAAAA